AUGCAGAAAGCGGCAGGAUGUUUGGAGGGAGCAGCAUUUCAGAGCCGAAUGCCAUUUGACAAGAUGACAUCACAGGAGGCUGCAUGCUUCCCAGAUAUCUUACAGGGACCACCACAGGCACAGAAAGUGUUUCUCUAUAUCAGGAAUAGACUGUUACAAAUCUGGCUUGACAAUCCUAAACAGCAGGUCACGUUUGAGAACGCAUUGCCACAGAUAGAGGCCCCUUUCAACAGUGAUGGGCCAUUGGUAAUGAGGAUCCAUUCAUACCUUGAAAGAUUUGGUUUCAUUAACUUUGGAGUUUUCAAGAGGUUGAAACCUUUUCCAGCAAAGAAGCACGGGCGUGUGAUUAUUAUUGGUGCAGGUAUUGCAGGUCUGUUUGCAGCAAGACAGCUUAUGCAGUUUGGUAUGGACUGUGUUAUUGUGGAGGCUCGGGACAGAGUUGGGGGUAGAAUUGCUACAUUCAGGAAAGGGAAUUAUGUUGCAGAUUUGGGAGCAAUGGUUGUCACUGGUUUAGGUGGAAAUCCAAUGACAAUAAUCAGUAGACAGGUGAAUAUGGAACUGCAUAAAAUCAAACAGAAAUGUCCUCUCUUUGAGAGUAAUGGCUCCACUGUACCUAAAGAGAAGGAUGAGAUGGUAGAGAGAGAAUUUAACAGAUUAUUGGAGGCUACGUCAUACCUGUCACAUCAGAUGGACUUUAACUAUGUUAAUGGUAAACCUGCAUCACUGGGCUGUGCUCUAGAAGCUGUCAUAAAGUUGCAGGAGAAACAUGUGAAGGAGAAGCAGAUUGAACAUCAGAAAAAUAUCAUAGAACUACAGGAAAAACUCAAGAAAAAUUUACACCAGUGUCUGGUAUUGAAGGACAGGAUUGAGGAGUUACAUAAACAGUGGAAGGAAGCAUCUGAAGUUAAACCACCGAGAGAUAUCACUGCAGAAUUCCUCAUCAAGAGUAAACUCCGGGAUCUCAAAGUAGCUGGCAAGGAGUAUGAUCAGUUAAUAGAACAACAAAAAGAGAUAGAGGAAAAAAUAUCAGACCUUGAAGCCAACCCUCCCAGUGAUGUUUACCUGUCAUCAAGAGAUCGGCAGAUCCUCGACUGGCACUUCGCCAACCUGGAGUUUGCUAAUGCCACACCCCUGUCUCUUCUCUCAUUGAAACACUGGGAUCAGGAUGAUGAUUUUGAAUUUUCAGGCAGUCACCUCACAGUUCGGAACGGUUACUCCUGUGUACCUGUAGCAUUAUCUGAAGGUCUUGAUAUAAAGUUGAACACAGCUGUCCGUCAGAUCAGGUGUACUACAACAGGUGUUGAAAUAUUAACCAGUAAUGCAAAGAAUAAUAGCAAUCAGCAGACAUUGAAGGGUGAUGCAGUGAUGUGUACAUUACCUCUUGGUGUGAUGAAGGAGAGUGUACGGGGUGGAGGUACAAACAGUGUACAGUUUAUGCCCCCUCUUCCAGACUGGAAGGCUGCUGCAAUACAGAGGAUGGGCUUCGGCAAUCUAAAUAAAGUUGUGCUGUGUUUUGACCGAAUAUUCUGGGACCCAAAUGCCAACUUAUUUGGUCAUGUUGGGAGUACCACAGCAAGUCGUGGGGAGUUAUUCCUGUUCUGGAACCUAUACAAAGCACCAGUAUUGCUAGCCUUGGUGGCAGGAGAGGCAGCAGCCAUCAUGGAGAAUGUCAGUGAUGAUGUGAUUGUAGGCAGAUCUAUAGCUGUACUGAAAGGAAUCUUUGGCAAUAAUGCUGUACCACAGCCCAAGGAGACAUUGGUAACAAGAUGGAGAGCUGACCCAUUCGCCCGAGGAUCUUACUCCUUUGUAGCUGCAGGAUCUUCAGGCAAUGACUAUGAUUUGAUGGCCACACCUAUAUCCCCUCAGCAAGGCGCCAUGCCCCGCCUGUUCUUUGCUGGAGAACAUACAAUAAGGAACUACCCAGCAACAGUACAUGGUGCCAUGUUGAGCGGGUUGAGAGAAGCCGGCAGGAUCGCUGACCAGUUCCUCGGAGCUCCCUAUGCUCUACCAAAUAGACAACCUUCUCAAACUGUAUGAAGCAAAACAGUUUUGGCUUUGAGAAAAAGUGAAAGUUAUGUUCAGGAUGUUACAGACUGUUAGCAAAGGUAUUGCAUUGAGAUGUUGAAUUAUUCUCUCCAGCUUUGCUGAGGCAGUUUACUGCAGUAAUUUGCAAGUAUUUAGUAGGACAACGAGAUACUUCAAAGAACAUCAGGAGAUCUGUUUAAAGAUUUAUUUAUCUUGUGUUGGUGAUUGUAGUAGGUGGUUAUUGACUGCCAAAAAUGUGUUCACUAGCUGAGAAGAUCUGUAUCUAUGUUCACUUCAUUCUCCUAGACAGAAGUCUUGAUUUGUCAGUGCUAUGUCAUUUUCAGAAUAAAUUGCGGAAUGUAUUAACACCU